AUGAUGGCUUGUGAUGCUUUUGCGGAGCGCCCGCGGGACUGGGACCUUGCCAAGGAUACGCGCCUCGGAGGUCAUCGCGAUAUAUUGGGUGAUUUCUCGUACGUUCGCCGUCCCUCGAAAGCUAUUUUGUCUGNGCGGGCCUACAACACCGGACGUGUCUCUCUGGAGGAUAUUGUAGAAGCGGCCCAUCUGUCGUCCGAUUCCCCCCUUUCCGUUCCUCCUUUCUCGCUCCCGCCGGAAGACAAGCUAAUCCUCUUGCCCCACGACGAGUUUACGGCGUACCAAAGGUCGAACGAGAUGUGGUGCGACGGUCUUGCCGGGAAGAUAGCAGAGGCGGAGGCGCGAGAGCAGGCGAAGCGCGAGGACGCGGAGCGCUUGGCGGAACGGGAGGCUGCUCUGGCUGUUGCGGCGAGGAAGCAGGAGGAGGAGCAUGAGUCUGUUCGGGCUGCUGCGGCGAGGAAGCAGGAGGAGGAACGUGAUGCUGCUCUGGCUGCUGCGGCGAGGAAGCAGGAGGAGGAGCGUGCGGCUGUCUGGCGGAGCGUGAGGCGUAUCUCCUAGCGGCUAGGGCGAAGCAGGGGGCGCUCCGAUCCGGCUGAAGGAGCUGGAGCCCCGCCACCAUGACCCGCGAGCAGCCGCCCACCCCCUUCGCCGUGUUAUCGUCCCCC